UUCGAAAUUUCUCAGUCGCGACAGGGGAGGAGGGGGUUAGGGUUUUUGCGCUCUGAUCUCUCCCUGCGCGCCGCCGCCAUUGCCCACCGGAGAAUAGGGGAGGAGAGGAUGGAAGGAACUAGCCGCGCGGACGGGCGGAACCCGAACCAGCUCCGGCCGUUCAAGUGCACCGGCAACCCGCUCAACCGCGCCCACGGCUCCGCGCGCUGGGCGCAGGGGGACACCGUUGUGCUCGCCGCCGUGUACGGGCCCAAGCCGGGGACCAGGAAGGGGGAGAACCCCGAGAAGGCCUCCAUAGAGGUCGUGUGGAAGCCCAAGACCGGCCAAAUCGGAAGGCAAGAGAAGGAGUAUGAGAUGACGCUCAAGAGGACAUUGCAGAGCAUCUGCGUGCUCACCGUUCAUCCAAACACCACCACCUCUGUCGUGCUUCAGGUCGUGGGUGAUGAUGGCUCUCUUUUGCCAUGUGCAAUUAACGCUUCCUGCACUGCCCUCUCAUUUGCUGGCUUCCCUUUGAAACAUCUUGCAGUCGCAAUUGGCUGUGGGGUGAUGGAGAAUGGUGCGGUUAUUUUAGACAUGAACACGGCAGAAGAGCAGCAACUGAAGUCCUAUGUUCACCUGGUGUUUCCCAAUUCACGCAAGUUGGUUGAUUCAAAGGAAUCAAAACAGAAAGACGAGGAGUUUGAGCGAGGAUUGAUAACUUCCAUCACCCAUGGAGUGAUGUCUGAGGAUGAUUACUUCAACUGCAUUGAGAGGGGCCUUGCGGCAUCCUCGCGGGUCUCGGAUUUUAUGAGGAAGACUCUGAAGAAGGCGGUGCCAUCUAUUGUAGAUGCUUGAAUGGCAUCACGACCGAUAGGUGGUGCUGAGCCUGACAUUGGGAUGUAGCAGCUUUUUCAGUGGUUGUGCGAUUUUGGUGGCAGCUCAUGUUGCUGUGGAGGAGGCAAUCGGUGCGCACCAUGGAUGAACAUGGCAAGGGUGCUGAAUCAUUGGAGAGGCAAUUGGUAAGGAUAUGGUGGUCUCAAACUGACUAGAAUGGGAGUUUGAUGAAGUUGGUACGGGAUCAGGUUGUACUACUACUACUCUACUAGUGCGGUAGUGCCCUUUGACGAGUUUGUGGACAAUACUAUCUGUGGAGUUAAAAUUUACUCCAAGCUUUUUUUAUGACUGAACGUUGUGAGCAUUCGGUACAUUGUGGACGAGUGGAAAUGUAUUUGCUGCAUGUGUUUAAAUUAUCACUGGUGCGUGCAUGUCGGGUACAUGGAUGCACAGCACAGCAGUGAAUUUUUGGUA